AUGGCCCAAUCGGACCAAUUUGAGUGGGACUUUUACGAUCUGGGGUGCGACUUAAACCCAGGGGAUGGCGCCAGGUACCCCCCCUCCCCCGGUGGCGGUGUUAGGUACGGCCUCUCACCACGCCACACGAGGCGCCUGUCCCAGUGGCUGGCCGGAGACGAGGACUUUAGCAGUCGGUCUGCGUCGUCACACGGUUGGUCGUUAGGUUCUUCUCAGGAUGGCCACACGUACACAAGGCACAACCCAACCACAUGGGCUGAAACACAAGUUCUUCCAAGAGACGGCACCAAAGAUUCUCGUAGAAGCUUCCCUUUGCGUGGUAAAGAUGACCUGAGCGUUCGUGAAAGGCUUCCGUCACGGGGAUCGACGCAGACCGCGGGAGAAAAGCAGAAAGAGGGGACCGCAAAGUUGACAAGAACAGGACAAACCAAGCCAGCAAAGACUACCUUGUUGGAAGAGGAUGGUUGUACUGCUCUCCACCGUGCUGUAGUGGGAGGACAUGUGGAGGUGGUACAGGCUCUCAUAGAGGAAGGUGCCAGCGUGGACAGACAAGAUCAGCAUGGAAACACACCUCUGCAUGAAGCUGCCUGGAACGGAUACAGCAGAACUGUGGAACUCCUGAUCAAAGCUAGAGCCAACAUCCACGCCAAAAAUGAAAAUGGCUUCACCCCUCUGCACCUUGCUGUCCAGAAUGGCCAUUCCCAAAGCUGUAGGAUGUUACUGAUGGGGGGAUGCAUGCCGGACGCCAAGAACAAUUACGGAGACACUGCUUUACACCUGGCUACCAAGUACGGCCAUGUGACCGGGACCAGGAUUCUCCUCAGUGCCAGAUGUCAUGUCAACCAGAGGAACAAGGAUGGACGAACACCCUUACAUAUUGCAGCAAAUUUGGGGCUAAGAAAACUCACCAAGAUCCUAAUAGAGGCCAGUGCAGAUGUCAAUGCAAAAGACAAGGAUGGGAAAACUCCCAUUGAUCUGGCUAGAGACAAGGAGAACCCUGAGUGUAUCCUCAUUAUGACCUCAACUCCUAAAGGGAAGAGAUCUGGCCGAGGGAGAAGUACCCACAGAAAGGACAACAGUAACAUCCGCAGGUCCCACUCCCUCCCUGCUGAUGGAACCAACAACAAGGGCAAGGAACAAGCACCGCAACAAAGAAAGGACAAACCAGUGAAAAGGGUGCAGAUCCAAACUGGUCAGGACAAAACUACCAGGAAACAAACCCCAUCUAUUCAGGUGAAAAGUGCCGCUCACCCAGUAAGGUACAGGGAGUCCCAGGAUAGACUGCGCCAUCGACACCAUCAUCAUCAACAUCAUCAUCACCAGCAUCAGCAGCAGAGUACUUCUGCAGUGAAGGCAGGGAGAAGCUCCCAGCAUCCAGCUCAGAUCCCACCACACCUUCUUCCACAGGCCUUUCCUCAGAUGUACCACAUGGUCCGCGAUCAGAAAGGCAACCUACAAAAGAUCCCAGUGUACCAGUGUUAUGGCUGCACACCUUAUCUACAGCAGAUGGAGAAUAAACUGGAAGCUCACAGGGAGGAACUUCUGGCAGAAAUCGACGACUCACACUGGGCUCUCAACUCACAAAUGCAACAGGUGGAGAGAAAAUGCUCCCAUCAUGCAGCAUGUCUGGACCAGCUGUGCCGCGAGCGCGUCUCCGCAGAGCAGACGGCCUGUCUCCACCGGAUCGACAAGCGCGCCACGCAGGACCGGCGAGAACUGCAGGCGGACACGGACGCCAAGGUGAAAUCCGUCAGGCACUCCUUACAGGCCUGGAUGGAGCAGAAGUAUUCUGAUCUACAGAAUAGACUGGAGAGGGCGACAUUGUCGGACAGGGGUGUAUCAUCAGAUGUCUAUAGGGAGAGUCAGGCAACUACAGACAGAACAUGGUUGGACACUAGUACUUAUCCUCUGGAGAAGGCACAGUCAGAAGGUGUGCUGGACAGGAGGUAUACGUCCCCACACGGGGCGGAUCCUCCAACAGAACACAACCAUCUCCACCCUACUGACGAUGAGAAGCUGGGUACAGUCAUGUGGGUGUCCAGUAGCACGUCAAAUGUGUUCCCCAGGGAUCACGCCGGAGGUCACACCGCGUGGGCAGCCUCCAGGACAGACGGUGUGAGCAGGAGUGGGGACACACUGUCUACCAGACAUCAUGGACAUCCUUCCACAGUCAGAGGAGGGCAGAUUUCAGCCGACCAGGCCAAGAGAACGGCCCACCCAUCCACAGACCAGUAG